GCAGAUGCUGGAAUAUAAUAAAAGAUAAGAACAAGGUAGGGUGGCGGUUGGGGGAAGCAGAGCCCCAAGCCUGAGCUAACAGAGGAGAAUGCAACCCUACAGUAUGAAUGCAGUAGUGAGAGUUAGAGGGAAGCUGGUGCGGGAAGAGAAGUGCCGGGACAGGAAUUUGAAAAUGACUUUAGCUCGCCUGCGCUUCUGUCGCCUCGUCCUUCUGAACUUUCUCCUUCACAGUCACCGGACCGCUGCGAACGAAGUUGUUUUGCUGGAUUCUAAAGAGUCACAAGCUGAAUUGGGAUGGACUGCUCACCCGUCAGAUGGAUGGGAAGAGAUCAGUGGAGUGGACGAAAACUAUAAACCAAUUCGCACAUAUCAGGUCUGUAAUGUCAUGGCUCCCAAUCAAAACAACUGGCUUCAGACUGGUUGGAUUGCACGGAGAAAUGGCCAGAGGAUCUUCAUUGAGCUGAAGUUCACGUUAAGAGACUGUAACAGCAUCCCAGGAGUAGCUGGGACGUGCAAAGAGACAUUUAACCUUCACUACAUUGAGUCAGACACCGAUCUCGGAGGAAACAUUGAAGAAAGCCAGUAUGUGAAAAUUGACACCAUCGCAGCGGAUGAAAGCUUCACUCAAGGGGAUCUUGGAGAACGCAAAAUGAAACUCAACACAGAAGUUCGAGAAAUUGAGCACCUUGGCAGGAAAGGAUUUCAUCUCGGCUUCCAGGACGUAGGGGCUUGUGUGGCCCUGGUCUCAGUGAGAGUUUAUUACAAAACCUGCCUUUCCACCGUGCAAAGUCUGGCUGUCUUCCCAGACACAGUGGCAGAAGCUGCAUUUUCGACGCUGGUGGAAGUGCGAGGAUCGUGCGUUAAUGACUCGGAAGCUGAAAUGGGAAAUCCGCCGAGGAUGCACUGCAGUGCAGAAGGUGACUGGCUAGUACCGAUUGGGAAAUGUACUUGCAGUGCUGGCUACGAGGAGAAAGAUGGCAGGUGUGAAGCUUGUCCACCGGGGUCAUACAAGAUGGCGGCUGGAGAAGCAGCGUGCUCCUGGUGCCCUGAGCAUAGUUACACAGAAGAAGCAGGAUCUGUGCAGUGCCACUGUAAGGAUGAUUACUAUCGACAGGCUUUGGACCCUCCAUCAGCCCCCUGCACCAAACCCCCAACUGCUCCACAAACUCUCGGCUACAGUACCAGGCAUUCGGCGGUGCUCUUAGACUGGAAGCCCCCUGAGGACAGUGGGGGUCGGACAGAUGUCAUGUACAACGCGCUGUGCAGUACCUGUGCGGUGACCCUCCAGACGUGUGGGCCGUGUGACAGCCGCAUUGAGUUUGACCCCCAGCAGCUGGGAUUGGUCGAUACGGCCGUCACUGUGGUUAACCUGUUACCAUACGUCAACUACACCUUCAGGGUGGAGGCUGUGAACGGAGUAUCGGACCUGAGUCCCGCUCCGCGGAUGUAUGCGGAGAUUACAGUGGCCAUAAGUGAAGGAGGAAUAUUACAGGUGACGGAUAUCAGAACAGAGCGUGUUGAACAGAAGAGUGUUACCUUGGCAUGGCAAGAAUCAGACUAUUCCAGUGACAAUGACACUGAAUACGAGAUCAAAUACUAUGAAAAGGAACAGAACGACCAAAGUUACUCAACAGUAAAAACUGCCUCAACGACCGUGACGAUUAAUAACCUGAAGCCCGGGACCCUCUACGUGUUCCAAGUCCGAGCUUUCUCAUCCACUAACUAUGGAAACUACAGCCCAAGCAUUGAGGUGCAGACAUUAGGGGAGCUUGCCAUGGCAACCAGUGAGCAAAAUCCUGUGAUAGUGAUCGCCGUGGUUUCAGUGGCCGGCCUGAUUGUUCUGGUCUCCAUGGUCUUCGGAUUUAUCAUCUGGAGAAGGCAUUGUGGGUACAGCAAGGCCAGCCAAGAUGGAGAUGAGGAGCUUUAUUUUCACUUUAAAAUUCCAAGUCGAAGAACCUAUAUUGAUCCAGAGACAUGUGAAGACCCCAUCCAAGCAGUGCAUCUUUUUGCCAAAGAACUGGACCUUUCCUGCAUCAAAAUUGAGAGAGUUAUUGGAGGAGGAGAGUUUGGGGAAGUUUGCAGAGGUUGCCUUAAGCUCCCCAGUAAACGAGAGCUCCCAGUGGUCAUCAAAACACUGAAAGUUGGCUGCUCAGAGAAACAGAAGCGCACCUUCCUGACAGAAGCAAGUAUAAUGGGGCAGUUUGAUCAUGCGAACGUCAUCCGGCUCGAAGGAGUGAUCACAAGAGGUAAACCCAUGAUGAUUGUAAUUGAGUACAUGGGAAAUGCAGUGUUAGACUCCUUCUUGAGGAAGCAUGAGGGCCAGUUCACAGUUAUUCAGCUUAUUGGGAUGCUGUGUGGAAUAGCGGCUGGAAUGAAGUACCUCUCAGAGAUGGGUUACAUACACAAAAUCCUGGCAGCCCACAAAAUCCUGGUCAACAACAAUCUGGUGUGUAAAGUGGCAGGUUUCCGACAAGCACAUGAAGAGAAGGUGGACUCAGUGUUCACAACUAUGGGCGGGAAAGCUUCUGUCCUAUGGGCAGCUCCAGAAACCAUCCAGUACCACAGAUACAGCACAACCAGUGACGUCUGGAGUUUUGGGAUAGUCAUGUGGGAAGUGAUGUCCUAUGGAGAGCGACCUUACUGGGACAUGUCUAACCAAGAUGUAAUCAAAGCAGUUGAAGAAGGCUUUCGUCUCUCUGCUCCCAUGAACUGCCCAUCCGGGCUCCACCAGCUCAUGCUGGAGUGUUGGCAGAAGGAUCGUAAUGACAGGCCCAAAUUUGCACAGAUUCUGAGUAUCCUUAACAAGAUGGGACGGAAUCCCGACAGCCUGAAAACCAUCCCCAAUGGCUGUGUCAGCAGCAGACCUCAGAACCUGCACAUCCCCCUCAUGGACCAAACCUUCCCAUCAUUCCCAUGCUUUGACUCAGUGGGCGAGUGGUUGGAUGCCAUUGAGAUGGGCAGAUACAAGGAUAAUUUCACUGCAGCUGGAUACUGCUACCUGGAGUCAGUCGCCAGAAUGACAGUUCAGGAUGUAAUGAGCCUGGGGAUUACAUGUGUUGAACACCAGAAACAAAUCCUGAGCAGCAUUCAGACUCUACGAGCACAGGUUAUACAAAUGCAUGGACGAGGUGUUCAGGUUUGACAGUGGCCAGGGACGAGGUCUUCUCUGCAAGCUGCAUUCUUGAAAAAUUGCCAACAUAAACUGCUUGUUUGAAAGCAGUGUGUUUACAAGAUGAUGCCAGUGUGUGGGACGGCCAGGGACAAGGACCCGAGACCCAGUCUUUAAUUUUUUUAAUAAAAUGAUUCCAGCAGGGUUAUCUUAGAAUGGGUUGCUCAGGCAACCGGCUACAUGGCAUUCCUGUAAAACAGAUGGAGGAGGAAAAGAUCAGGAUGCAAACAGCAGUGUCUAGUUCCCGUUUCUAUAUCGGCUGUUUUCAUUUGAUUGUUGUGGUUCAAUAAGCACUGUUCACAUUGAUAGAUGAGGAACUGGUAAAGGCACUCUGUGUCACCAGACUGUGAACUUAAAUGUCAACUUGGACUGAAAACUUCUCUUUUAAUAUUCGGUUGGAGUCCUUUGAAUAUUCAGGAUUGUGUGUUCAAAUACCAUCUAUGAAAACAUCUUUAGUCAUUUAACUCAAGUGCCCAAAUUCUUUAAGCCUGUGAGGUGUGUGUGUUUGAAAUGUAAACUUCUGACCAAGUAUUUUUCUGUUGUGUCGGCAGCGGGACCUCAGGGAAUGAAAUGCCCAUUUCAUUCUUGCAUUGGCUGCCUGGAGGUUCAACUGACCUGCUUAUCAAGUGCCUAGAUAGGCCACCUUUGUUGGGUAAUUUUAUAUCAUCACAAAAUAGCCAUGAGCUAGACUUUACAAACAAACCCAGAUGCUACAGAUUGAUCAGCAAUAAAUCUUGUGGCCUUUGAAAUGCGGCACAUCUAAAUGCUAAACUAUAUCUGGUACAUGGCAACUAAUCUUAUAAGUCGUAAGAUUGAAACGCAAGCGAUAGGCGCUCGGGAUUUGAAGGGCAUAAAAGGAAACAGAGAAAUGAUUGCCCCUUUUCCUUUUUAGCUAUAUUAAUGAAUCAAUGAGAUCUGGAUCAAGUAGACAAUGGUGUAAUUAUGGAGCCAACCCCAAUAAUAAUACAGUUGGCCUUAGUGUACGGGCUACAAAUCUUGAAAUAUUGCUCCCAUUCAGACCCCGAUUAUUUGCAUAUUUUUGAAUAUUUUCACUCCAGUCUCUUAGUUUGCCAGACACGUGGAACUACCCCCAACAAAGAUCUCCAACGGAAACACAUCCAUUCUGGGGGGUAAAGAUUAUCAAAAUUACCUGCUAAAUUAAAUUUAUAUUCUGUGUUUAAUCAAAACUAUGGAAAAUAAUUCCAAAUAAUUAAUAUUAAUGUCAACUGCAUUCAAGGUUUAUCCACAGUAUGUGCAUACUCAGUUUAAGAAUGCAUGUUUUCGGGGGUCAUCACAUAUAUUGGUGUAAGCUUCCAAAUUUAUUCUCAGACAACCAAGGCUAGACUUUUCUGUGGCUCACUUAGUAGUUUCCAUUUAUGCCUCGUACACUUUACAUUCAUAUAGCUGUUUCCUGUCAAUGCAUUCCAGUCUGCAUGCAGACUGUUCCCAAAUUUAUUCUCAGGUUAGGAAUCAGGAAUGUGACAUUAAUGUUGGAGAUUGAUAUCCUCUUUCCUGAACCAGGACAUUUCUGUUUACUCACUGUAUUCAUCAAGCCAAGACUAAGAACUAAUCCUGAAGUCCAAACUUCACUCCUUCACUCUCCCAGUUUUGCUGAGGACAUCAAGCACAGUCUCAGGCAAAUGAUUUCCUGGUUAUUUGUACCUUGACAUUGAAACAUAAAGGACAAUAUAUUGUUCCCUGUUGGUUUUAAUUUGGCCUCCUCCUAUUUGACUCCCUUCCAAUGGUCAGCUUAGUAUUUCAUUUCAGGUUAUUGCUUCAUUGCUUAAUGUUUCCUGCUUUGAAUCUUACAUUAUUUGGUUGAUUCAAUUUGGCAGGUGGGACUACAUCACAUUGUGGGAAACCACUUAAUUAAAACACCGAGUAUUCUUAAUGGUUCUUCAGAGCUUAGUUCAUUUCUUGGGCAAACGCUGAUUUCAUUAGUACAUUUAAUCUGUGUUAAGUGAGGGAGAGAUAUUGAUAUAAUUUAAUAGUCAAAUAUUCAGUGGAGGAAUUUGUGUUACCUCUACUCCCAUCUUGGGUAUUUCCUAGAAAAUUGAAGUUUGCUGUGAUCCACAUCCUGUAACAUUACAGCACUCAACCCAGUCAAAAUGUAAUAACUCCAAUUAAUCCACACAUUCUCAGCUGAUUCACAAGGGAGUCAUGUUUUGAACUGCAGCAUAGUUCAACUCCAAAUGAUUAGGCAGUUCUAAGCAAACCAGUUGGAGAUAUCAAAGUUCGAAAGAGUGAGGCUCAAUAACAGGAUCACACAGUUGGAAAAUGAUCCUUGCAGUUAUCAGCUUAGGAUCUGUUCGACCUCUGAUUAUCAACAAGUGAGACUCAGACCAUUUUGUUCAAAAAGGAUUGCAUUGAAAUUGAAGUGAUUCCACCGAUGACAGUGUGAAUCUUUUAUAGUAUGACCACAUUAAUAACAUGCUCUGAAACAGGGUAGAAACUAGCUUGAGCUUUAUAUAUAAGUGGGUUGUAGAUUGCUUUUUAAUCUUCCCAAAAGUGAAAUUGCACUCAGCUAUGUCUAUACACCACUGUCUAAUUAGCCACUACCCAAUCAGAGUGCUUAUUUAGAGAGGGGUGAACAGUUGCAAAUAUGACAACCAUUUUCACUGUAGGUUUUCUAAAUGUUCGACAUCGAAUAAAAAAUGUUUCUGUUUCUAAUCUGUUUGCAUUUGUGAUGUAAAUGCAAUUUACCUGAAGAGUUUUCAGCUUUUUUGUUUUUAAUCAAGUGGGAGUCAUAAACAAUAUUAGACUACUUCCAUUUUGUAGUCGGUUAAAUCAGAGAAACCAAGCAAAUUUUUUCACAUUAAAAAUGGUUAACCUAAAACAAAGACGACUGGAAUUGUUAAAAUUUAAUCAUUUGUGGAACAAAAUAAGACAAUCAGAGGCAGUUUCCAGUGUUGAUUCUACUCAGUUUCAUAGUAUACAGUGUCAAUCUAUUCUUAUGGUAGCCCUAACAUGGCCUUUGGACUUCAGCUGUCUCUGUCACAUUUGCCACCUGCAUAAGGCACUCUCACCAGCUUUGGCACUUCAUGCCUUUUCUUCUGUUUUCUAGGAAAGAUAGUCAAUUCAAGGCUAUAAAGAUUUUAUUUAGGGAUUUUACUUAAAACGAAACAAUCAGUCCUGUGGUUUGUUUUGUUAAUUUCCCAUCAAUAAUGGAAAUUGACUACAAAGGUCUAAAUCUAGCAUUUACUGUGUGGUGGAAGGUACGUGGCCUCUAUGCACUAUCUCUCUACGAUGUGCCAUUCUAGACAGUGGCAUUUCAGUCAGGCACGGAUUAGGUCAGGAGCACUUGGCCAAAGAUUAAAGGGCAUCACUGGCUCAUUCAACUAACUGUCUUGGCAUGAUCCAUUAGAGUUCCUGUUUUUUUUAAAAUCCAUUGUGCUUGAUAAGCUCAGGCAUUAUAUGACUCAAAGACAAAAGAUGUUUUCAAGAAAGAAUUUUCUAAAAAUUUGUGAUGCAUAUAGGAAUACAGUUGAACUUUCUUUUAAAAUACUGAACCAAUUUGAUUCAUAACGUGUAUUUGUAAUGCUGCUCAUGAGCUGUAUUGAUGGGAAAAUGAAUUACAGAGGUUGCUUUAUUAACCUGCUCUCAGAUUGAAUGACACCUGCUCCUUGUAAUAUGGAGCUCCUACAAUGUGAUCUUUGUUCCUUUGUAAGAAAUCUGGGUAAAACUCAUGGCCCUAGAGUAGGACACAACCAAAGCUGAUCAGAGUAAUAAGAAGCUAUUCAAGACACUUGGAUUAGCUGGUAUCAAAUUUAAGUUAAGUACCUAUGAUUACACCAUCUGUGUUACUGUACAAAAGAUAUGGAAAGAUGUUUAUUUUAAAUAAUACUUUUUACAUUCUCGGUGUCAUGAAGCACUUCGUGGUCAAAUGAAUUCAGCAAAUAAUUUGCGCAAAGCAAAAUCACAAAAGUAUUGAUAUGGUUGAUCAGCUGAAGGUGGCCUUUGAGUGAGAGGUCCCUUUCACUUAUAAUUCUUUGCUUUCACCUAAACAGACAGACAGAGACUCCAUGUGAUCCAAACUGUGAUCCUCCAGCAUGACGAAAUGCAAAUGUCUUCUCUUGAUCUAUAAAUAAGUGCUGUAAAGGAGAAGUGGAGCUGAUUUGGGACCUCACAGAAGAUGAUUUAUGUAUGGAGGCUGGAAUAUAGUGUAGUCCCAAUGAGCAUUUGCAUUGUCUUUGCCAAAGAAGGAAAUGAUGCCCAGAUCACAGUGAAAGAGGAAGGGGGUGAUGGCCUAGCGAUCGCUGGCCCAUUGAUCCAGAGACCCAGGCAAUGUUAUGAGGACAUGGAUUUGAAUCCGACCGAGGCAGAUGGUGGAAUUCGAAUUCAAUAAAAAUCUGGAAUUAAUCUGAUGAUUCUGGACGCCUUGUUGAUUGCCAGGAGAAAAAAAAAAUCUGGUUCCCUGAUAACCUUCAUUCCCUCUCUGCUUACCUGAUGUAGUAUACAUGUGAUUCCAGACUCUGAGCAAUAUGAUGGACUUCUAACAGUCCUCUGUGCAAUUUGGGAUGGGCUAUAAAUUCUGGCCUGGUCAGUGAUAUCAACAUCUGAUGAAUUAAUUACAAAAAAAGUUGAGACGCUCGAUUUGUAAAAAAAAAAUUGGUGUUAAAGAGCUGAUUGUACUUAAAGUUCAUAAUCCACCAGACCAGUUGAGAUGCAUUCAAGGAUAUGGAGGGACGAAAGAUGAGAAAUUUGGAGACACUGUGUACAAUUUACCCACCCUCUUUAGCUAAAGUGAUAGUGCACGUCCACUUUCAAAUGUUACGUCCUUAUUUAGAAAGUGGUGUAAGGA